AUGGUGUUUGGACCAUUAUGCGUAAAUGAAACGGUUUAUGAAGGAGUGAAGAAUGUUGCUUUGUCUGCUUUGGGAGGCAUAAGUGCUACUAUAUUUGCAUAUGGCCAAACCAGCAGUGGGAAGACAUACACGAUGAGAGGAAUAACAGAGAAGGCUGUUAAUGACAUCUACCAGCAUAUAAUGAAUACACCAGAGAGAGAUUUUACCAUUAAAAUUUCGGGACUAGAAAUUUAUAAUGAGAAUGUUAGAGACCUGUUGAAUUCUGAAUCUGACCGUAGUCUCAAGCUUCUAGAUGAUCCGGAGAAAGGUACUGUGGAUGAGAAGUUGGUGGAAGAAACAGCCAGCAAUGAUCAGCAUAUAAGGCAUCUAAUUAGGAUUUGUGAAGCUCAAAGACAAGUUGGAGAAACUGCCCUAAAUGAUUCUAGCUCACGGUCGCACCAAAUAAUAAGGCUGACAAUCGAGAGUACUCUGCGCGAAAAUUCUGAUUGUGUGAGAUCAUUUGUUGCAAGCCUGAACUUUGUAGAUCUAGCUGGAAGUGAAAGAGCUUCACAAAUAAAUGCUGAUGGUGCAAGGCUCAGGGAAGGCUGUCAUAUUAACCUUAGUUUCAUGACCCUGACAACUGUAAUCAGAAAACUCAGCGUUGGUAAAAUAAGUGGUCAUAUACCAUAUAGGGAUUCGAAGUUUACUCGAAUACUGCAGCACUCACUAGGUGGAAAUGCACGUACUGCCAUCAUAUGUACUUUGAGUCCAGCACUAGGUCAAUUUGAACAAUCUCGUAAUACUCUCUUCUUCGCUACCCGGGCAAAGGAAGUGACAAAUAAUGCACAAGUCAACAUGGUUGUUUCGAAUAAGCAAAUUGUCAAGCAUCUGCAGAAAGAAAACAAUCUCGUAAUACUCUCUUCUUCGCUACCCGGGGAAAGGAAGUGACAAAUA